GGCUCGAAUAGGCUAAUACUGUUGUGCGGAUAACUUUGUGGAUCAUUUCACUGACACGUCCUCCUCGCUUGGGCGACACUCACAUCAGAGAACGCACUUGUAUAUGCACAUCUUGAAUUGAUCAGCGAAUGAAGUAAUGAGUUCAGUUCUAUCAAAUUCCUGGCAUAUUUGUUGAUGAUAGAUCAUCGAGAAAGUUUGGUUGAUUGAACGCUCUGACUAUCGGUCAUACUUACGAUGCGGUUUUUACUGCGGAGGAGCGCGUUGAUAGCUGGAAACGAGAAUGGUGGAUCGCCGAUUAUGUUAGGGUUUAGGAGAGGUAUGGCGACGAGCUGCAGGGCGGUGCUCCUGCCGCAAUUCGGCGGUCCCCACGUGCUCGAGCUUCGUGAUAAUGUCAGCGUCCCUGAUCUCAAGCCCCACCAAGUACUCGUUCGCAGUCGUGCUGUAUCUAUCAACCCGCUGGACACAAGGAUGCGAUCUGGUUAUGGCCGUUCAAUUUUUGAACCACUUCUGCCAUUGAUUUUGGGGCGUGAUGUCAGUGGUGAAGUUGCAGCUGUUGGAAAUGCUGUACGAUCUCUCUUUGUUGGGCAAGAGGUUUUUGGUGCACUGCAUCCAACUGCUGUGAGGGGUACUUACACCGACUAUGCUAUCCUCGAUGAAGAAGAACUUGCUCCUAAACCAGCUUCACUUUCACAUGUGGAAGCCAGUGCUAUUCCAUUUGCUGCUCUUACUGCUUGGCGUGCUUUAAAAAGUACUGCAAGGAUUAGGGAGGGGCAGCGGAUCUUGGUGAUUGGUGGAGGAGGAGCUGUGGGGUUUUCUGCCAUUCAACUGUCAGUUGCUGCAGGGUGUUAUGUAUCUACAACUUGUGGAGGUGAGAGUAUAGAUCGCAUUAUGGCUACUGGCGCUGAACAGGCAGUUGAUUACACCACUGAGGAUGUUGAAGUAGCUCUAAAGGGGCACUUUGAUGCAGUAUUGGAUACUAUUGGUGUUCCGGAGACUGAAAGGAUUGGCAUCAAUGUUUUGAAGAGAGGCGGGCACUAUAUGACAUUGCAGGGAGAAGCUGCGUCAUUAACUGAUAGGUACGGACUAACUAUUGGCCUUCCCAUGGCAACUGCUAUAUUGCUCAAGAAACAGAUCCAAUAUCGAUAUUCUCACGGAAUAGAAUAUUGGUGGACUUACAUGAGGGCUGAUGCUGAGGGUUUGGAUGAGAUCCGGAGGCUAUCUGAAGCUGGGAAGCUCAAAGUACCAGUUGAGAAGACUUUUCCUAUUGCUCAUGUUCAAGAUGCCCAUCAUGCCAAGGGUAAAGGGAAAAUUCCGGGCAAAGUAGUGAUGGAGAUUGACUAGAUUUGUUUUCAAAGUUUUCGAAGCUAUGCCAGUAUGCCUUAAUCAAUCCCUGCCACAUAAUAAUAUCAAGUUCAUAUGUAAAAUGUAAAUUCUUGAAAACGUUUUUGUAGGUUCUCUUUCUUCGUUUUUUAUCGUUUAUAGAAAUAAGUACACAGCCUGGUAUUCAGUUACAUUUUCAGUGUUUGUAGUUGACAUUUGACAAUGAAAGCUUGUAUAACAGACAUGUUUAUGAGUGCAUUGAAAUAUAACAUUCAUUUUAAUCUAUGAGCAUGUUUGGUAGCACGAAAAUCAGCUGUUUUGGCUGAUUCUG